CCUCUCAGUCGGCUGUUUGUUUCCGAUUAGGAAGGAGCUCAGUCCGGGAGCUCCUUCCUCGAAGGCCUUAGUUGGGGGGGUGCGCCCGACAAGCGGGCGAGGCGGCAUUCGGCGGCGUUCCGUCGAGGGGGCCAUAGUGUCAGCGGUGGCCCCGCUGGUAGGGGGGUACUCCCGGGACUGCUCCCGGCUGGGUUGCAGCUGCAGCAGCAGCGUCUUUGGGCCUCUUCAGCGCGGCGUCGGCACUCGGCUUCCUGGGCGUGGUUCUCCUUCUGGGCGUUUGCCCUUUUGGUUUGUGGGGUAUUUGGGGGGUUUCCAUCAGCUUGGGUGGCUGGGCAGCGGCCCCUUUUCCGUUCCCUGGAGCACUACUUUUGAUGCCAACAUUCUUUUAUUUGUUUGGUGGGUAGCAGGUGGGUGUUUGUGCUCAUCGGUGCCCUGGUGGGCCUGGCCUGGUUGAGAGUCAAAAGGCCUUUUCAAGCCUUCUCCUUGGGUGGGGGGCUCUGGUGCUUUCCUGGAUAGGAUUGAGUAUUGUUUUUGAUUCAGGACAAGGGCUUGGCUUUUGUUCUAUAUCCUUGCUACCUUCAUUCUGUGUGUGGUUGGCGCUUUUUUUUCUCCAACCCCUUUUGGAAUCCCACUAUUUGGAGGCAGUAUGCCGGGGAAGGCCAAGGGCAAGAAAGGGGGGCGCCCUGUUAAGCAGCCCAAGAGGCCUGCUCCCCCGCAGUCCUCCUCGGAGGAGGAGGAUGAGGAGAUGACUCUGAUACGGGGGUUAAUUAAUAGGAUGGAAGCUUUAGAGAAAGCAAAAGCAGCCCCCUCCGACAAAGGUGCGGGUCCUUCAGGUGUGUGGGGGGUGCCUCCUCCUAAGGUCCCUCGGAGGACCAGGGGUUCUGUGAAAAGCCAGCUGCUAACUUCUCUCUCUAGUAGGCUGGCUGCGCUGGAAGAAGGGCUGAACCCUGCUGGACCGGGCCCUUCUGCUCCUGCGUUACCGCUUCCUGAACCUGAGUCUCCAGUUCCGGAGUCGCCUUCACCAUUGCUACCUCCGCCUGCGGCACCAGUUGUUCAGCCUCCAGUGGAUACGGCUACUCCUUUGGCCCAGGGUGCUGGCGGGGCGGCGGUCCCGGUCCGAGUCCUGAUGUGUGGCCAUUCGUUGGUCUUCUGGGCUUUCAAGCGGGCCAGCACCACCCGCUGGGGAUCCCAGUUGGGUUUAGGAAGCAAGGCUUCAGUUUAUUGGUUGGGCAUGAGGGGCAUGCUCUGGAAUCAGUUGCUUCCAGCAUUGAGGGAGCAUUUAGAUAGGUUUCCCAUUCCCGACAUCCUGGUUCUUCAUUUAGGGGAGAAUGAUUUGGGCCGGCGGCCUGGCCUCGCCAUCCUUCAGCAAGCCUCCUCGGAUUUGUCUAUUUUGCGCAGCUGGAUGCCUGGCGUGCGCAUAAUAUGGGUUAAUUGGCUCCAGCGCAGGGUGUGGCGGGGUGCUCAUUCUUGCCUUAGCUUGGAAAAGGCACGCAGGAAGAUUUCAGCCGCAAUAGGUAAAGUGGUUUUGGCGGCCGGGGGGUCUGUGGUGCGGCAGCCAGAUAUAGCUGCUCGCUUUCCCGAGUUAUUCCGCCCUGACGGGGUCCACCUGUCUGAGAAAGGUUGUGAUUUGUAUCUGCAUAAUAUCCGGGAAGUGCUUGCUGAAGGUUUGGAGGGGGUGGGGCAGGAAGGUCAAGCGAGGGCUAACCUUCCUGGGUGGCGGUAACAGUGCGGGCUGUGGGUAAGGAGGUCUAGAUUUCGGUGAGCACCCUUGGACAUUUUAAGGUGGAUUGGUCAAUUGCUUCCUUGUGGCCUGUGCGGCACGGGAAGAAUUACAUUGCCAAGAAACCUGCUUCAGGACUUCACCUACCUUUGGGCUGUGCGGUCCGGGGAGGUAAAGAUCUGAAGCUGUCCAGAUCCCCUCUUCUAAAAGGGGUGGUUGGCUUUGAAGGAAUUGGGCGGGAGCUACCUGCCUCUUUCCUGAGCCAGGGUGUGUCGCCCUUGCAGGCGAUGGGUAGGACGUUUUGAAUCCUAGCCCACGCCUAGGUGCCCGCACUGUUUUUAUGUUGGUGAUUAAUCACCUUGUUUCCAGUCCGCCACAAAUGUUGUUAUAUUAAUAAAGCGUGGCCCGUUUCUCCCAUUAAAAAAUGUCUCUGUGUCUUCUUGGGCUGGGG